GUGAGCAGUGAUAAUGCGAAAGCGUGUUGAUGUUGUUUGUGUUUUCUGUUUGGUUUAAUAUUGUGGCGUGACACGUUAAUCAGCGGUGUUUAUGUCUGGUUUGAGGUGAAAUUAGUGAAAAGAAAACUUCGUCAUUGAUAGAGAAACAACGAUCCGAACCUAAUUGUAGUUAUGAGCUCUAUUUUACAAACUUUGAAGAAACCGUACGACUGUGUCUUACGAUUCUAUUCUUCUAAAACGCAGCAAGAUAUUUCGCCAUCGCAAAGACCAAAUGUUUUCAAUUCUAUUUUGAGUCCCUUUGAGACGUACGUUGUGUCGUUACAGAGUCUUCUUAUUUGGGAACGACCGUAUUUAAGCGCCGGAGCGUUUGUUACUCUCAAUAUUUUUUAUUGGUUAAUUGUUUCAUGGAAUCGUAGAUUCUUUUCAAUUGUAUCAAUUUUUGCCUUGGCUUUAUUCUUGUAUAGAACAUGGGUAAACCAAAUUUGGCCUGAAAUCAGAGUGCCUCCUCAAGAGGGUGAAGAUACAGAAAGUUGGACUACUGUAAAUCCUGAAGUUUUAAGUGUUCCUGAAAUAAGCCGUUAUAUGAAUGACUUUGUUGACAAAAUGAUAAUUCUUUGGAAAGAUGUUUGGAAAUUGAGGAAGGAGAACCGUGGCUUGUUCUGUGCUCUGAUGUGUGGCUUCUUUUCUUUUCUGGCCUUUAUUGGAAAAAUAUUUCCUGGGGUUCUUAUUGUUUAUGUUUUAGUGUUAGUCCUAACUCUUGGUCCUGGGGUAGCUCUGCAUUUGAUUCCGUCGACAGUUUACGAUCAAAUAAUCGACUAUUUUGCUGAAACUGAUAGUCAAAUUUGUAUUGCAGUUUCACAGUCUGCUUCAAAAUCUACUGGUUUAUCUGAUCGAGACAGUGACAUUGAAGAAUUUGUUCCAGAGAUCUCAGCAGACAUUAUACGGCAGCUUUCAUUAAAAGAUGAUAUACCAGAAAUUCCAAGUCCAGGUGCUGUACUGACUGAAUCAGCAGAUGAUGAAAGUCUCCCAGUAUUUGGAACUGAUAGCUACACUAAUGAGAGUGAUGAUUUCUCUCUCUAUCAAGGCCUUGGUGCCUUUCCAAGUGUUGAAGAAGAAGGCGAAAGUGACAUAGAAGAGGACAUUUCAGACAUAGUGCCUACAGUUCAAGAUAUUGUGCCUACUGCAGAGGAGCCUGAGAAGGCAGAAAUGCAUUUCAACCUUACCCACUUUAAAGAAGAUAGUUCUGAAUCAGAUAGUGAUGUCUUCACAGAAGGACUGUCUUUCAAUAAAAACCCAGUGCCAUCUCCACAACAUUCUGACAACCCAAAAGAUAAGAAAGUAGUCCCUCACGAACAAAAACUGUCUUCUAGUGAUGUAGAAGAUGAAUUGUUGGACUUUGAGAUUCUAGAAGAAUCUGAUAUACCAACUUGAAAUAUGUUUUUUAAUAGCGCCAUAAAUGGAGUGAUAUAUAUAUUUUUUGUUGUUCUUUGAUAUUUUCAGUAUUUUUAGCUCUUUUAAAAGAUGUGAUUGAUCUACAAAAUUAGCAAUUAUAUGGAUUUAAAAAAAAAAAGAACAAAGUUCCUUCUAAUUUUGAUUUUAAAAAGUUCCUAAUUGUAUUUGUCAUUGUUCGUUUGAGGAUGAGGGUUGAUGGUGAAAGAUGAGAACAAUUUCCAGUGGUAUGACACCGGAGCUAUAAAAAAAAGAAACUUUCUAGUUUUUUUAAAUUCUUUUUACGAAAGAAUAUAUUCCUAAUCUAAAGACCCAGGAAGAUUAAUUUAAAUAUUUUAUAACAUUAAGAAUUCUUUUCUUUUAACUUCUUUUUUUUUAUGUUUUUACUUUUUUAACUACUUUUAAAAUAAAAGUUCAUAAUUUUUCAUUGGUUAGGGUCUUACAGAAGUGACUAAUAAAUUAUAAUUUUAAUAUAUAUAUAUAUUUUGGCAUUAAAUUAGUUGAAUUGUUCUGUAUCUUUAACUUUAUUUAUCUACUUUUAUCAGUCGAGAAAUGUGGUCAUACCACACAUUAAAAAAAAUUUCAAGUUUUUUUUAUUAUAAAUUUUUUUAUAUAUAUUUCAGAAAUUUUUUAAAGUUUGAAUAGUUUUAGUUUACACUCAUUACAGUUUUAAGCAUGGUUUCUAAAUAAUAUUGUCGUUUAGGAAUUUGACAAAUGUUUAAAGUAAAGAUAUAUUUACGCUUUGUAAAUAUGUAUAUGAAUUAAUAUAGAUUUUUUCUAUUUGAUCUAUUUUAUAUUUGGUCUGCUUUGUGAACAGUAUGCAAUAGUUUCAAAAUAAUUUUUUAGUAGAUCAAUCACAUCAUACUAAAUUUUCCACAGAUCCUAUUCCCUUUGUUACCAAACUCAAAUUCUUUUGCCACUUUAUGAUAGUUAAUAUGUACUUAGCUGACAAGACACUUGCUGCAAUCAUUACACUCGUGUGUUACCUGGCAUCUUGCACUUGUAGCAAAUUAUAAUUCAUCAUUUAUUUCUUUUAUUAUUUAUUCAUUAUUUAUUUGUUGUAGUCAAAAUUUUCUUUUCUUUUACAGUAGCCUGCUGUGAUGAAAUUUUUAUUUUGUUUGUAUUAAAAUUGUACAGAUAAACUUCCUUUUGUGAUUAUUAGCUUUAUUAUUUUACUGUUGUUGUUUCUUUCAUAUUUUAUAGUUGAGAACAAAAAGCACAGCAGUGCUUUUCAAAAGCACAUGAUUAUAUUGAUGUUAUUAUUCAGAAACUAAUUAUUUGAUUUGAGUUUCCUUUCACUUGAACAGAAUUGUGAAAAAUUUAGUGAGAUUUUGUUUUCAAGUUAUUUUAUUGAAUUUUUUAUUAUGAAUAAUAAAAAAAUUAUUUUGUAAUUUUUUUAUUAAAUUUGGUAGGGAAAAAAAUAAUAAAUAGCAUUGCUACUGGAAAUGUGACAGAUGAUUCUUAAUCAUUUUUUUUUCUUCCUUUUCCACAUUAAGUAAGAACUUUUUAAGCGAUAUUGAGGGAUUUCUAAUUUUCUUAAUUUUCUCUAAUUUUUUUAAUCAAUAAGAAGACAAACUCGAAAAUAGAUUUAUCUUUGUGAUAUAUAUCUUGCCUCAUGUAGCUUACGUGUAGAGUACUUUCAACUAUGUAUUUAGUCAUUAACUUGAGGUUGAUGUUUUUUCUCCUGUGGCCCUGAUUGCUAUUGAUUCAUAAACAAUGAAAUGGGUUUUAGUCCCUUUUUAUAGAUAUCCAUUUUUAUACA